AAAGAGCGACACGUAGUCUGCCUCACUUGUGUCUACCUCUGCCCACCCACUCUCGCUCGUACAAAAUAGAAAGGUCCAGGAAUGGUGAAGCUCGUCAACUCUAUCUGUUUUCAAUUCUUCGCCGCUUUCUUCCUAUCGAUCUCCAUCUGUAUCGUUUCCGGAUCUGAUCCGGAUUGUGUGUAUACAGUUUACAUAAGAACAGGAUCAAUCCUGAAAGCUGGUACAGAUUCCAACAUUACGUUGACCCUCUACGAUGCCGACGGCUACGGGAUCCGGAUUAACAACAUUGAAGCCUGGGGUGGGCUUAUGGGUCCGGAUUAUGACUACUUCGAGAGGGGGAACCUGGACAUCUUCAGUGGGCGCGGCCCUUGCCUAACUGGCCCAGUUUGCCUCAUGAAUCUCACCUCCGAUGGCACUGGACCCCACCACGGCUGGUACUGUAACUACGUCGAGGUCACCGUCACCGGAGUCCACGACGACUGUAGCAAGCAGCUGUUCACGGUGGACCAGUGGUUGGCCACCGACACGUCGCCGUACGAGCUCACCGCCAUCAGGAAUAACUGUCAGUCUGAUGAUGUCUCCAAAUAUCAUCCCGUCGGCGGCUCCGGGACUCUCGCCGUCAUGUGAGAUGGGGCUUUUUAUUUACCGACAAUGUCUGUUGUAUCAUUCAAUUCAAUAACGUUGAUAUUAAUUGGGUUGUUGUGCUACCGCCCAAUAUCCCUUUUUGAGUCCUUUUUUAAUAAUACUACUACCUUCAUGAGAAGGCUCCAUCUCAAUAUUUUAUUGCUAGAUUCUAUAGUAUCUUAAGAUACCAUACAUCAGGUUACAUAUAAAUUGUGGAAGAUCGUUAUCUUCGGCAAUUUCCCGUUGCUACAGGCCACACCGAAUAUCCAUUGUCGGUCAAAAAGAACUAACGGAAUUCUUCCGUUUUCUCCCCCUGUUUCGACCAACACAACCUCAUGCUACCAGGUGAUUCAUCCAACGCCUGAGGCCACAUGUGUAGGUAUCAGUGACGCAACAUCAAAUAUCUCUGGCACCCUCUAUCUUUGUACUGUUGUAUUGAUUUGCUUUGUUUGUGUAUAAGACCAUUGCAGUUAUUUUCAUUCUUUGUUUGUUCGUGCGCUUUGUUGCUUCUUGUGCUUACCUGACUAUCCGGCUGUAGGUAUCAGUAAUUUUUGUAUUCAUUUGUUGUUGGUUUGGUUCCUUGCGCUACUGCUUUCUCUGACGGCUGUUUGUUAUUCAUUUGGUGUUGGUUUUAAUAUUGCCCCUGUUGCGUUUGUUUGGUGUUUUAAUAAUUCUUUAGUGUUUCGAUCCAGUUGCAUUCCAAUACUUUUUGAAUAGGCACCUUCUGAUUGAAUUCAGAACUACCGAAAUGAGUUCAGCCGCUUCUGAGUUACUCAAAGGGUGCAAACCAGUUUGAAAUUAUGUUCUGCAGCGCCCUUUAGAUGUUUUAGGCUGCAGUGACAAUCUUUGAACUGCAGUGUCGAUCUUUGAAGAUCCAAUUGUGAUCGAAGCUUAUAUUCACCAUUGUUUUUAUUUUACUCUUUCUUUAUUCUCUUCUUUAUCUCUUUUCUCUUUUAAUUCUGCUGCAGUUGCAUCAUCUUGUGUUCUACUCUUUUACGUUGUAUGUGUUUUUUUAUAUGGAUGUGUGUGGUUAGGACAGAGUUGUCAUCCUUUACGUGGGGUGCGGGUUCGAUUGCAGUCUGUUAAACACGGUGUUGGUAGUCUGAACUUGUUCUCAUAUCAUGUUGCUGUUUAAUGUUUUAUAUGCUGUUUCAUAUGUUAUUUUAAUUUGCUUGUUUAGGAAUUUUGAACUUUACUUUAAAUUGCAGAUUAACGUUUUUUAUCUUUCCUCUGUUUGGGAUCACGUGUUCCUGGUACUCUCCUUUGAUCUGCUGAAAUUGUACUCGUGGUACUCUUCUUUGAUCCACCGAGAGUUGAACAAACCAUUAUGACUGCUGAAGUACCGAUUCUAUCAGUAAAGCCGAACACUAGGCCAUGGACCUGUCGUGUGACAGUCAUUGAAAAACAGAAUAUUCGCACUGCAAAGGCUUCACCCAUGUGAUUUAUGCCUAUGAUACUCAUAGAUUCACUUGGGAACAGAGUGCAGGCAACCGCAUUCCAAGGUGACAUUGAAGGAAUGGAUCAGAGGCUUGUGCUCUACUCAACUUACCUUGUCUCCAAUGCCUACGUGAAGCCGAAAACCGACAUGCGCUUCUGUGUUGAUGCGGAAUACCCAUACGUUUGGUCUUUCACACGUCGCACUUUCAUCCAGGAUGUUGCCGCAGAAGCAGGACAGGACUUUCGUGCGCUAGCUGAGGCAGACACCAUCCCUUUCAAUGACAUAUAUGAUUCUUAUUUGCAUGAAUCUCGUAUCAAUGUUAUGGCUGCGAUUGUAAAGAAAUUGCCACGCACCUUUAUCUUCUCAAAUGACACUCAAAAACCAGCAUGGGAUGUUGUCCUUAUUGAUGCACAGUGCGUUCCAAUUCCAUUCACUAUGUGGGGGGAAUUCGUCAACCGCCAUGGUCACGAGAUAGAAAGGUGUCUACACGCAGGCGACUUCCCCCUUGUCCUAAUCAACAGAGCUGCCAUCAACCUUUUCCAAGGUUUAACUCUUGCAACUCGUUUUGACUCCCACGUUGAACUUAAUCCUGACGGCGAACGCGCAUUGAAUCUGAAAAAAUGGGUCACUGAAAACAAAUGUAAAAUCCAUGACACACUGCAUGGUAAGGAAUACGAUGACGCACUUACAUAUAUCGCCAAACCUCUUCUGCAGCCACAAACCACCAUAUCAAACUUGGAAACUGCACUAACUGAGAUACUUGUUGUUUGGGUGUAUGGUAAAUUCAGUUUACCAGAUACUUCUGAAGAAGGGUAUUACAUUGGUUGUAACUACUGCAACCGCAGAGUUCAUGGUAUCGAAGGUGCGUCCUUCCAAUGCAUAUUCUGUGGGCAAAAGAAUGGAACUACUGUUAAAAGAUUCAGACUCAAUGCUUUGCUAGGCGACGGAACCGGCACCAUCCCUGUCACACUUUUCACCAAUGAUGUACUGCACCUCUUCGAAUUCAUAGGCAUGGAUGCAACUGCUGCCAUGGAUUUAGAACUUUUCAAUACCAACAUACAAAAGAUACAUAUCCUGACUGGGGUAAAGCGAACCAAAACCAACGAAGAAGGACUGCAGGGCAAUCCUUACACCGUUGUAUCUGUCUCAAAAAAACAUGAAACCUCCCCUGAACCCAAUUCAAACCAACAUGUAACCCCCCCCCCCCCCCCCCCGAUUCCCCAAAUAACACCCCUGCAGUAUUCGAAGCUGCUACUGAACCAUCAACCCUUGCAAAAAGAAAGCUGAAUUUCAAAUCCCUUGGUCAAAUGCCAGCUGCACAUCCUUCCUCAUUUGUGAAUCCUAUUAUGCACAACGACAACAUUGCGGAAGAGCCGCUUGCAAACCUGCGCCCCAAGAAACGCAAACCAAUCAAUACUUAAUGACCAGAGUCCGUGCAUUAUUUGCUAUGGUGGAGUCGUGAGUGCAUUCUUCUGGUGAGAAUCAUAUAUGAUUCUGCACAACCCACAUCCUUCCAAUGCCACCUUUUUUGCUCUACAGUCCGACGCAUAAUUAGCAGAAAUAAUUAGUAAUAAUUGCGUCACUGUACUCACCCCUUUGUAAUUCACACGUCUAGCAGUAGUCCUAGACUUUUGUAUUCACCUACUCUUGCAUGUACAUUAAUAAGCAACACAUCUUGUAAAUAUUAACCACCUUCGUUUACCCGUUGUUGGGGAACUAUAUAUGCCUUUGUUUUUA